AGGAGGGUAGGUUUUUAUCAACGCCAAGCUUUCCCUCGAAAUAGACAGUAACUAAGUUCGCGCCAAAAACUUUUUUUGGCGCGUCACUGAUUCCUUUUUUAUUUCAAGAGCAAUCCCUAACUCUCUUUAGCUCAACCAAUCAAUUCUUUUUUAUCACUUUACCAGUGUAAAUCACUCUGUUCCGAUCUCUCUCGCUCACUAACCUCCAAUCCUUUUGAAGAAACCGAGUCGCCAUUUUUCAAUCAUAUACCCAGAACUCCGUCAGGUGAAUUGAAAUGGAAUAUUGGCCUGCAUUUGUAUCUAGCAGUACUUUUGCGAGUUGUGGUUAGUGGGCUUAGGAGCUCUUCUAUUGACAGUGACAUAUCCAGUUGCUUGAUCUAUAAUUUCCAUUAGCGAAGAUCCGGGUUCUUGAUCUAUGAGGUAAGUAUUUUAGGCACUGCAGUUGAUGUCCGCACAACUGUGAGAAAAAAUAACAGUUCCACUUUCUUUCAAUGGAGUUGAGGAGUUGCAAUCAUUUACAUUUCAUUCAGGCUGUCAAAGGUGGUUUGGUCACAAAAGUCCUGAAUGUGUAUCAUGGAAGGCCAGCACUCAAGUUCAAGAAGGUCAAAGAUUUAUAUGAAACUGAAGAUACAAACGAUCCAAUUCCAAUACUUAGACGAAAACUUGGGUUUGUAGGGUUUCCUAUUGGAUGUGAUGGAGUCAAGGCUGAAAGUUUACAUACACACACUGGAGAAAGAUCAACAAUAAAAAAUAAAUGUGAAACUAUGGAGUUGAAUGAAAAAGGUUAUGAUGUUGGAGAAAGUGAAUUAGAUGAUAUUAACUUUGGCAAUAUGACACUGCAACAAAUUAAGGAGAGAUGUAAGGGAAAGAAGGGGAAAUGUUCAACAUAUGUUGAUUUGAGUAAAGAAGCUAUUGAAACUUGUUCCCUUGGAAAACAAAACCAGUUUGACCCACAAUCUGAGGAGGAUGAAUAUGACAUCAUGGAGCCCCUCAGCUGUUGGAAAUCUAGGAUUUUGACCAAGAAGAAGACCAAGAGAAAGUGCAGGAAAAAAAGUGUCUCUGCUUCAUCACAGAAUGUCCUAUCCAUUGUGAAGUUUGAGGAAACUCCAAGUGAUCAACUCAUCUAUCAAUCUAAUGGAGAUUUUCCGGCACCUAUUGACAUUAAGGUUGAGGUUCCAGAGCCUUCUAAUUCAGAUUGCAGAGAUAUGAUCAUUGGUUUUGUUGACUCUGGUGGAGUGGUACCUUUUGAAGAUCAUGAGACAUCAAGUGAUUAUAAUUUGGAGACUGGAACGUUGAUGAUAGCCUGGGAAGAGCCUGAUACAUCUAAUGAUUAUGAUUUGGAGACUGGAACAUCAAUAAUAACUGGUGAAGAUCCUGAUAGAGCUAAAGAUUAUCUUUUGGAAGCUGGGAGGUCUGUCAUAUCUGAUGAACAGUUGACAACUAAUGCUUGUGGUUUCGAGAGUCAGAUGCCAAAUUUCUUCCGUAAUGAGCCUCAAUAUUGUGCUGUUAAUGAAGAAUCCUUUGAUGUGGAGCAUCCAGAUCCUAAAUCAAUCCUUGAUAUACAAGCCUCAGGUGGGAAGAUAAUGAUGCAGGAUAUUGCAGAAUUGAUUGGUCAUCAGUUUUCAGAUUUGUGUUUAUCAGAAGCAAAGAAAGAAGAUUUUCAUCCCAAAACUGACUUCCUUGAAACAGUUUCUCUGAGUGAGAAUCAUACCCCUGUGAUGUGCUAUAAACCCCAGAGUUUUCCUUCGAUGCAUGAGAAGUCACGGACUAGCAAUGACUGCCAGGUUCAAGUGCCUGAUGUCACCAUUAGUAAUAGCCUUCAACAUAUGGAGCUUAGCAAAAAAAAUGAUUCACGUCUGCCUGAGGAUGAAAUGAAAGGCGAAGGUGAAAGUGAUACGCUUCAUGUUGAAGUCAGUGUCAUAAGCAGCCCUAUCAGAGACUAUAGCUCACUUUCUAAUUCAAAGGUAUUUUCAAGUCCUAAACGCUGUUCAGUAUCAGUUGCUGGUCAUUCUCCUACAGGUGAGGAAAAACAAUCACCCUCAUCUGGUUGCAAUGAAGCAGCAAGCAGAUGUUCCACACUGAUCCAUUCACGUGUUGAUGAACCUGUAACAUCAGCAAAGGAUGGGGAACAUCAUCGCUCAAAGCUGCAACAUGCUCCUGAAAGGCUUUUGUCAACUAGAAUGGCCAUUUCUCCAACAACUCAGAAAAGGCUACGUGAAGCUAUGGAGUCCACGGAGUUAGAUGACGAACAGUAUUACAAAUACGCGAGGAAAUUGUGCUAUAGUAAAAAGACUGAGAACAGGCUUGGUCGACUUGAAGAGGCCAAUCAGAUCAAGAGAGCUGAAGUGAUCAUUAGUUCAAAGAAGGUUGUUAAGCAAGCUAAGAUUGGUAGCAACGGUUUCCAUCAGAAUGAUACUCUCAAGCUUCUUCAUCCCUCUCGUGCCGUUCAACAUUUUAGUACUGGGUGCUCCUCAAUCCGAAGUUGUUCAGAGAGUGCCAUUUUAUUCUCACAGCAGCAGAUGCAUGACUUUCAAUCUGUUACAACUAAACUUGCAAAAGAGUUGCAGUCCAUGAAAGACAUAGUUGAAGAAACAUUGCAGUCAAAGCAGUAUCCAGCCAUGUCCUUGAAAUAUAGUGCAGAUGAGGUGAGAAUUGCCAUACAGAACGCAACAAGAGUGGAAGAAAACGCAAGAAGAUCUCUUUCUAUCAUGGCAAGGGACUGCAACCGGUUCUGUAAAAUCAUGAAACUGGCCGAGAAAGGUUCUUCUUCUUCCCAUAAUGCAGUUUGCAAGAAGAGGAAGAUUGUUUUUGCUGACGAGGCUGGUGGAAAGCUAUGUGAUGUCAAGACUUUUGAGAAUGAUACGACUUCUUUUAUGGAUCCGAAGCGUGAGAAACCCUGAACUGUUGAUUAAAUGACAAAUGCAGAUUCUUCUUCCUGUAUUUUAAUUUAAGAGUUCUGAAGCCAAACAAAAGAAAAACCAAAUGUAUGGGGCUGUUAAGGCAUACCAAGUCAUAGUUUCAGGUAUGCCUGCUGUGUGAGCUAGAAUGAGGAUAUGUAGGUGCUACCAAAUGCAACUUAGACCAGCCCACACUCCUCUCUCAUUGCAAUUGGUUCAUUCUUGUUCCCCCUUUAACAUGGAUACUAACUAGAGCUAUGUUGUACACAUCUUGUCCGAAGCAUAUAAAAGAAUGUUUUAUUCUACUGUUUCA